CUCCCCUGGCCUGUAAUCUGCAUAGGACAGUGGCCUGGUCACAGGGCCCGUCGUGGGGAGGUUGGGAAAAGAACACUCUGGCCUCCUCCAUCAUGUCGGCCAAGAGGGCAGAACUGAAGAAAGCAAACCUGAGCAAGAACUACAAGGCAAUUUGCCUGGAAUUGAAGCCAGAGCCGAUCAAAACAUAUGAAUGCAAAGGAAUUAAACCAGAAGGGCCAUUUACCAAAAUGGGAGGGACGAGGGAGCUAAAGAAUGAUCUCAGGGAGGUGAGGGAAGAGCUCAAGGAAAAGAUGGAGGAGAUAAAACAGAUAAAAUGUGUAAUGGACAAGGAUUUCGAUAAACUCCAGGAAUUUGUGGAGAUUAUGAAGGAAAUGCAGAAGGAUAUGGAUGAGAAGAUGGAUGUUUUAAUAAAUAUACAGAAAAACAGCAAGCUUCCCCUUAGAAGAGGACCAAAGGAGCAUCAGGAACUCAGGCAGAUAGGAAAGCCUGACACAGACUCACAGCACCGGCUCAAGAAACUGGAGGGAACUGAAGGAGCAUCACUUUGUAUUCACAAGAAGAAUAUGGCACUACAGAAACUCAAAAAGGACCCGCUGGACUCCCUUCAUCAAUGUGGGACCUGCUAUGAGAAAUGUAUGUUGUGUGCCCUAAAGAACAACCACAAUCAGGGCAGGAGACCACACCAGGGCUGGGCACCCUCCUCAUCCUUGGCAUCUGGAGCUGCAUUCUGAUGUAUCUGUGCUUCAACCUCUACAUGAUCGAGGACAUGCUUCCAACUUAGUGCUGCCACGGAACCCACCAGAGCGCCAGUUCAUCCUCCCCCAACUCCUUGAGCUGCACAGUAGAGGCUUGUUGCCCCUUCCAUACCACCCCGUCCCAGGCCUCCCGCCACCCGGAUUAAAAUCUUCAUUGAAAGCCAAAGGGGGUGUCGCCAAA